AUGGCCAGGACCAGUUGGAUGCAUAACGUUCAAAAGUUGGCCCUCGACUGGGGUCCAGGUUACAUACAUGAGACUCAAGAUGCCAUCCAUCGGUGGUUCAGCGGGCUAAAGGAAUUGUACACUGUCUGUCCGACGAAUGAGAUGCUGGAUACAGAGGAUGAGGACGCGGAAGAGGACAAUCCACAGGACGCCCCAUCUCAAGAGGUGUCACAAGAUGUAUCGCAAGAGACGACUCUGGAAUCAUUCAUGGAGAUGGAAAGUACAGCUCUAACUCCCGAGCAUGAGCAUGGCAACGACGCGUUCCUCCACACUGGCACUUACAAAGGGGUAUGUGAGGACGACACAUAUCUCUCGGGUAGGGCCGCACUUAAGUGGUUGGGGCCGAGACGAAGCAAGAUGGCUAUCAUUCAAGCAGUCGAAAGGUAUAAUGAAGAGAGUGAGAAGCGGCGCCAGGCUGGACUCGAUGCCGACAUGAAGCUGAGCAUUCUGCUACAUGUCAUUGAGGAUGGUCAAGAGGACGGGUGGUGGGGGGUGAGACGAAGAUUGUUGUGA